CUCACAUGGACAGAGGGCAACUCAACAGCGGGUACCAGGCAGAAGAGAUUAACCAGAUAGCAAUGGACAAUUGACGCUAUGGACUUUGAGUUCACAUGGACUGGAUAAGUUUGGUUGUUGUAAGACUACAGAAGUGUACAAUCGAUUGAGGCAAAAAGGAAAUGUAGAACUCAAAAGUAUCGACGAGGAUGGGAUUCGAACCCACGCGUGCAGAGCACAAUGGAUUAGCAGUCCAUCGCCUUAACCACUCGGCCACCUCGUCGCGUAAUAAUACAGGGGUGUGCUCUGCCUUCUUCUACAUAAAGAAUACGGAUGCUACACGACGGUAUGAGAAAAUGGGCAUUUGGAGAAUACUGUUGGCUGCAGCCCUGGUGGCUUCAGUAUAUACCAUACCAGUUUCUCAGGAAGUGCGCGAGGUAUAUCCAAAUGGGGAAGAUGAGAAUCCCAUUUUGAAUAAAGGCUCAAACAUCAACCUGUUUGAAGGAGAUAUUUUCAUCCCUGAAGGAAGAAAUGCUUUGAUUGACAAAAGAUACAGAUGGAAGUUUCCAAUCCCGUACAUCUUGGGCGAUGAUUUGGAUCUCAAUGCCAAGGGCUGUGUCCACCACGCCUUUGAAAUGUAUCGCCUGAAGUCCUGUGUUGACUUCAAACCGUACGAGGGAGAGCAAACCUACAUCAAGUUUGAGAAGAAAGGAGGGUGCUUCUCUAGUGUGGGGGACCAGCAGAACGGUCAGAUCCUCUCUCUGGGGGCUGGCUGUGACCAUAAGGCCAUAGUAGAACACGAGCUGCUUCAUGCGCUAGGGUUCUACCACGAGCAGUCACGCACCGAUCGUGACGAUUAUGUGGACAUCUGGCUUGAUCAAGUCACAGACGGACUUCAACAUAACUUUAACAAAUACAAUGACGAUUUCAUCACCGACCAGAACACUCCGUAUGAUUAUGAGUCUGUAAUGCACUACCGCCCCUUCUCCUUCAACAAGAAUGAGUCCAUCCCCACCAUCACAACCAAAAUCCCAGAGUUUUAUUACGUCAUAGGACAGUACCGGGAUUUCAGCGAACUGGACACGCGCAGACUCAACCGAAUGUACAACUGCUCUGGCCCUUUGACUCUGCUGGACCAGUGCUCCUUUGAGUUUGCAAACAUCUGUGGAAUGAUCCAGAGCUCCACUGAUGAUGCAGACUGGAUCCACACCCAAAGCAUAGCGGGGCACGAGGACCACACCCUGCUGGGACAAUGCAGAGAUGCUGGUUACUACAUGUACUUCAGUACUAACACUGGAAAGGACCAGGAGUCUGCCCUGCUGGAGUCUCGGACCUUGUACCCCAAAAGGAGCUUCCAGUGUCUGCAGUUUUUCUAUAAGAUGACGGGCAGCCUCCAGGACCGACUGGUGGUCUGGGUCAAAAUGGAUGAUGGUACGGGAACAGUCAGAAAAAUGAAGAAAAUACACACUUUUACAGGCGUAUCAGACUCUGCCUGGAAGAUCGCUCAUGUCCCUCUGGAGGUGGACAUGAAAUUCCGUUAUGCGUUCCAGGGUGUGCGUGGUAACACCUCCUCAUCAGCAGGGGGCCUCUUCCUCGACGACAUCAGCCUUUCCGAGAUGCGCUGUCCGAACGCUGUGUGGACCAUCUCAAACUUCUCCAGAAUCAUGGAAACGGCAAAUCGCGGGGAUGCCAUGGACAGUCCCAUCUUCUACAGUCCAGAGGGGUACGCGUAUGGGGUACGUGUUAUACCCCUGUCCGAAUUCACGGACUACAAUGGGAACUACACUGCGCUGUACUUCUUCAUAGCCAGUGGGAUUAAUGAUGUGGCGAUGAAGUGGCCCGCAGUGAACCGUCAAGCAACUCUAAUAGUGAUGGACCAAGAUCCCGAUAUCAAACUGAGGAUGUCUACAGCUAGGAGUCUAACUACAGACUUCACUAUUGAAAAUGGGAAGUACUUGUGGGACAACCCCUCUAAAGUGGGGACCUAUGACCCCUCCUGUGGAUGUUACAAAAGCCAGGUCCGGGGCUGGAGGAACUUUGUCAAACACUUUGACCUCCGCAGACGCAGCUACCUGAAGAACGAUGACCUCAUCAUCUUCAUCGACUUUGAAGAUAUCUCGUCAUUGAUCAAGACAGAAGUGCCAGUCAAACCAGCAGAGUGAAGAAAAUGGCCAAAAAUAACACAAACAAAGAAAUCAUAAGAUGCUUGACCAACAUCACAAGUUUGUGUUAUUGAAGGACAAUGAAGAUGCAAGCAACAGUGUAGUUUUGCUAUGGAUAAUACAUUUUCUUGGUUAAAAUGUUUUUAAUAUUAGUAAAUAAAGCAGUACAAAAACAAGGUAUGGUGCAUUUUCCAGUGCUUAUUUGUUGUAUGUUUUGCUUUCAUAGCAAAUUUUGUUCAGUUCAUUUCUGAUC